AUGCGUUUGACUUCUCCAAUGUCGCUCGUGAUGUCCAUGUCGAUACUCGGGAUAUCGACCAUUCAAGGGGCAGCGGCGAAGUGCUCAGAUGGGCUUGUGAACGUUGUCUUCAACACCGGUCACGGUGGCUAUACAAAACAGCGAUGGGAGAAGAUCCAUUCCGCUUCCAAUUGGCUCACGUUCAAUUUUGGACUCGAGGACAAGCAAAUCCCAAUGCUAGGCAACGACAACAAGUCUGUUCAGCAGGCUAUUGACGUGGUUAACGGCCCAAAUCCGCCAGAUUUCAUGCUCACAUUCAACGAGCCCGACAAUCUGUAUGGCUCGAACCCGAGAAAAGUCGUAUUGCACCCUCAAGAAGCCGCCGAUCUUAUUAAACCAUUAUUGCACAAACGCGGAAACCAUACAAAAUUCAUUGCACCCGUGCCGGCCUUCGACAAGCUCAACUGGCUUCCUGAGUUCUUUGGAAACUGCAGUUGCCAAGACUCCUUUUCGGCAUACAACGUCCAUGUCUAUAACAAAACCGUCGAAGAAGCCAAAAUUCACAUCAACGCUUCCCACAAAAGGUGGAACGACAAGCCUUUGUGGAUUACCGAGAUUGCACCGCGUCAAGAUGGAGUAUGUCCGAAUCCCAUCCCCUGGGACCACAGCACCAAGUUCAUGCAAGAAAUCUACGCCUGGGGGCAGAAAACUGAAUGGAUCCACAAGAUAUUUUGGAACUCGGCCAAUGAGAUCAACUGUACUGAUACGAACGUGGCUGCCUCGUUCCUGCUUGAUUUUAAGAAUAACUCGACGCCACUCUUGGAUCCUUUCAAUAAGUUGACUUGUUCCUGA